CGCUUGGAAAGCAGGGAGAGUGUUGGGGGCAAGAGACGGGGUUUGGCGGAGGGGAGGCAGGGCAGUCGUUCGGGCGACGAGUGUGCAAGGCACGGGCCACGCCAGACCCAUCACCUUCUUCUCUCCCCCCCACCGCAUAGGUUUUACAAGUUGCAUGAGCGGAAGUGUGAGCCCAUUGUGAUGACGGUUCCCCGUAAGUCGGACCUCUUCCAGGACGACUUGUACCCAGACACCCCCGGCCCCGAGCCGGCCCUGGAGGCGGAAGAGUGGCUGUCGGGGAAAGACGCGGAGCCCAUCCUGGUUUCCCUGCGUGAUGGCUACGUCCCUGUCAAGAACCGGGAGCUCAAAGUCAGUAAGAAGAACAUCCUAGACAGCAAGCCCCCGCCCGGCUCCCGGCGGAGCCUGUCCAGCUGCGACUCCAAUUUUUCUACCUCCACCCUUGAGGACCUCUUGCAAGAAAUCCGCUCCCUGCGCCAGACCAUCCAAGAUCACGAGAAGCGCAUCACUGACCUGGAAAACACGCUCUGCGAACUCGCGGAUGUGACAGACUAGCAUCCUCCUUCCGCACCCAGGACACUGGCCCCGGAGACAGAGCGUCUCCUCCGUCCCCCUCGUCUUCUGCUUCUUCUUCUGCCGCUCAGCGGGCGUUUGUAGAGGCUGUUCCCCCGCUGCCAGGAAAUGGCCCCUGCUCUCUGCUCAGCCCCUCCGCCCCGCCCUGCCCCACCCCGCCCCGCCCCGCCCUGCCUCCGGGCCGCCUGGGCUUUGGGGGUGCAAGUGGGGUUCAGAGACACGGCCCUCCCUGGACUCUGCUGGGUGGAGGUGGGGCAGCCAGUCUCCCGGGGGCUGCGCUGUGAUGCCGACCCUUCUCUCGGCCUCCGGGGAUGGGGCAGGUGGGGGGGUCGUGAGCCACACGCGUGGUGUGAGUUUUGCAGUGCAACAGAGGAAGAGCCAGACACUUAGAUUUGCAGUGUCAGAGAUCAGUCUGGGUCUGUGGAGAGGGAGGGAGAAGGGGGGGCCAGACCCUGCGGGCAGGGGAUUGGUUUUACUGGGGGGGCCAAGAGGUUCUCCAGCCCCUGCCCGGGAAGGGGGGCACUGUGGCCCUGGAACGCUGGCCUGAGCUCUGACCAUUAGCUUCCUUGGCCUCCUCUCCGGGGGGGGGGUCUGCAGACAUUGCUUUCUGCAAUAAAUUGAGGGGUGGGUCGCCUGCGGCCUGUGGAGAGGAGCGCUUUGGAGUUUUCCAUCUCCACCACUGGACGUUGUGCUGAUGGCACACGCCCAGAUGUGCAACGGAGGGUGGAGGAGCAAGGGUGCCGGGUUACAGCAGCACGCCCCCACCCCCCACCCCUGCUUGUAGUGCCAGGUGGCAACCUCUCUGGUUGCGGGGGGAGAGAGAAAGUAGGGCCAUUGCUCAUUUGCAAACGCUGAUAAAAAUAUACGUGGCUCAUUUCCAGUUGCUGACCAGACUCUCCGACUCUCCGUUGUCUUCUUUUGCGGGAUAAAAUGGGCACGCAAUGAAGCGUGCGAGGAAAGUGAUCCAGCUGGGGCCCAGCUGGAUGCCCUUGAGGGGAGCCUCGGAGGACGGCCACGUUCUCCCUCCGUGCACAGCCACUGCCCCAGAGGCUCGGGAGGGAACCCCAGCUAUCCCGCCUGGCCGGGGCUCACGGAACUGAGGGACGGAAACAAGCCAUCCGCUGCUCUGUCGGCCCUGCAUCUUGGCAGGCGGUGCCGGGGCGCUGGCACGGGCACCAGGGGUUGGAUUCAACCUGGCCGUUCAAACUCUCUGGGCCGUUCCUGCAACCUGCCGCUGCUGCUCGAUGCGGGACCCACGUGUGUGAGUUGAUCAGUGUUUGGUUAUAAAUGUCCAUUUAAUUCUCGAGCUUGAACCAAGUACCAGGGGGUCACGCUGGCAAACCAGGAUGAAGCCGUUUUUAAACGUUUGCCGCUUGUGGUAGGAGAAUGAGAAUUGGCUGUUGGGUUGGUAGGAAGAGAUGGCGAAGAAUCAGGAGGAGUCUGGUAGCAUCUCUUCCGACUAAUACAUUUUUUAAAAAGGCAGACGCUUUUUUGAGCUGCGGCCCAUUUUUGCAAAACCAUUAGGAACUGUUGAACUGUUCCUAAAGGGAGAAUAAGGUGAGCAAAAUAAUAGCAAAUUAUCAUUUACAUGCUGGCUGGGGAAUUCUGGGAGUUGAAGUCCACACCGCCUAAAGUUGCCAGGGUUGGGAAACACUGGCCUAGACCCUGCCCCAGGUCAGAUGAAACGCAUGAACGCUCACAAAAGCGUCUGCCUUUGAAAAAAAAUUGUCGAUCAGAAAAGAUGCUUCCAGACUCCUGGUUUUUGCAAAACCAUCAGGACUUUUGGCUUGUUCCAAAAGGACAAUCAGGUGAACAACGUACAAUAACAAAAUAUAAUUUAAAUCCUACACCCGUCUGUCUGGUCUGCAUCUGAGAGAGGAAGCUGCAGCUCACGAAAGCGGAUGCCUCUGAAUAAAAUACUUUAAUCGGAA